CGCCACCAGACUACUACUUGACUCAACACCACCGCCAUCGCAGCAUGUAUAAAGCACCAAACCAACAGCGCCACGCUCGGCAGCCGCACGAGAACUUCCCCCUCUCUCGCAUACAAUGGCUUCAGAGCGCACUACGGAGCUGGAAUUAGCUCGCUAUCCAGGCCAGACGCCCUCCCACAUCUCAACCGACAUUGAGCCUCAGCACAGCGAUCCGAGCGACGACAUUGCCGGCUUCUCGUUACCGCCCACUGACGGCGGCAAAGAUGCCUGGCUGUUCCUUUUGGCCUGCUUCAUGCUCGAGGGGCUGAUAUGGGGCUUCGCCGCCUCUUAUGGUAUCUUCCAGGAGUAUUACAGCACCCGCGAACCUUUCGCGGGAUCCAGCAAUAUCCCCCUUGUGGGCGCAUGUGCAAUGGGCAUCAUGUACAUGGACAUCACAAUCAUGUUCGCCCUCCUAAAAUACUUCCCGAAGCUGCGUGCGUGGGCCACUCCCAUAGGCCUAGUCAUCAUGUGUCUAGCCCUCGGCCUUGGAUCUCUGUCCACCAACGUCACGCAUCUGAUCCUCACCCAAGGCAUCAUCUACGCAGUUGGUGGCGGACUCGCAUGGACUCCCAUACUCUUCUACAUCGAGGAGUGGUGGGUCCGACGCCGCGGAUUCGCAUACGGCGCGACCAUGGCUGGCCUUGGUCUGUCUGGAGCAAUCCUACCAAUUGUACUCGAAUGGCUUCUGAACCGCUAUGGAUUCCGCACUACGCUGCGAGUAUGCGCCCUCAGUUUUGUCGCCCUGAAUUUCCCGCUUCUCUUUUUCUUCAAACCGCGGCUUCCGCUCUCCCAGACCUCCCAGUCACGAAGCUUCGACAUGUCGUUCUGGAAGUGCACUAAUUUUCUCAUCCUCCAGUCCGGCAACGUGAUCCAAAGCCUGGGUUACUUCCUUCCGGCCAUUUACUUGCCGACAUAUGCCCGCUCCUUAGGCGCAUCCGGCCUAGAAAGCACCGUCACCCUUAUCCUACUGAAUGCCGCAGCCUUUGUGGGUUCUCUCUGCAUGGGCACAGCAGUAGACAAGUACGAUGUGGUCGACUGUCUUUUCGUAUCUGCGCUAGGUUCCACCAUCGGCGUCUUCCUUCUGUGGGGCCUUGCAACAUCUCUGGCGCCACUGUACAUCUUCUCUCUUGCUUACGGUGCUUUCGCUGGAUGCAAUUCGAGUUCCUGGAGCGCCAUCAUUCGGGACACGAGGGAUAAGAAGAGGGGCGCCGAUUCCGGCAUGAUCUUCGCCUGUCUUUCGGCUGGUAAAGGAAUCGCCAAUCUGUGCAGUGGACCACUCUCUGAAGCACUGGUCGAGGCAGGAUCUUGGAGGGCCGGAAUGGCAUACGGGUCCGGUUAUGGAGCUCUCAUCGUCUUUACGGGUGCGACCGCAUUGCUGUCCGGGUGGAGCUUUGCAGCGAAGAGGGUCGGGUGGUUAUGAGCUCGUUGCGGAUGACGGCCAUGUGAGCACUGAGCGAAGAGAUGCUGGCAAACUGAGUCCGAGACAAAUUAUUCUCUUCAACCUGCAACGUCAUGAUAUGGACGAGAUUGGAGAUUCUGCAGGCGUUAUCAGCAUCCCGUCCAACCCACAAACACGAAUUCGAACCUCAACUGCCGCCGACGUCUACAGUCCAAAGAUGCAUUCAGGUAUCAAAGAG